AUGCAUACUGGUUUGAUCCUACAGCUAGAGAUUUUUCUUCCCCUCAUGCCUACUCUUCAAAACACAACUAAAAUACAUUUUCACCAGAAUAUUUAUUCAUGUCCAUAGUUUCAUUCCUACUUGACAAAGCUCUGUCCUCACAUUGUUUUCUCAGUGAUCUCUUACAGCUUUCACAUUUCAGAUCAGGUCCCAAUCCAGGAGACUGAAGACUGCUGUGAAUUUUGCGAAUUCUCCAGUCUCUGGGAGCCAAAAUCUUAAAUAUUCUGGGCUUCCAGGAGACUGUCAGAAGUGAAGAGAGCCAUAUUUUUCAAGACGUCAAAGCCACAUGACAGGUGUUUCCCCACAGCUCCUCUGUGUUCAAGGACUGGUUCCCAAAACAGGCAAAAUAAGGAGCUGGCAAAAUCAGCAAACUUUUAUACCUACACUUAACUUAUAUACCUAUACUGGUGCUAUAGAAAGCCCAACUGUAUGCUACCACUGCUGCUGAGGAAGAGUUGGUUUUGCUGGGGAUGGUGACAUUUGCUCAGGAGCGUGUACUGUCCCAACAGCAGGAGUCACUGCUCUCUCGUCUCAUCCCGCUGCCCUCCUUGCUGUCAAUGGGAAAAGUGCUCGGCUCUCCCCUUGGCUCUCUGUCCUAGCGCUGCUCCUUCUCCCACCUUUUCCCCAUCUGCUGCCAAAGUGAACUGAUCUAUCAUCUGUCUGGGAACAAAUUCCUUCUCUCUGGCAACACUGAGGAACACCCAUUCGCCUUUUUUUACACCCCUUUCUUCCUCUUCUUCUUUUCUCUGUGCUACUUUGAGCUUAGGCUUUCUGCUUGAACUGGUCUCCUUUGCUCACUUCAUCAGCCAAUCUCCCUUUCUUUACCUUAGUCCCAGCCAGGUUUUCUGGGCAGCUUUCAAGAAAUGUGGCUGUAACUGAAGAUCAAAAAUGAAGUAACUGUGUGAUUGCAUAACUGGGCUGAAGAAUGACUUUCUGGAUGUGAACAGAAAAAGCAGCCGCUGCUUAGGUAGAACCUUUUAAUCUUUGUUGGCUGGUGCCAGCUUUUCUUUCUUUUUCCAGAACAGUUCAGACAGAACUAGGUAUUGCUUUAACUCCAUGGACUUGAUCUUCUGACCCAACAAUAGAAAACAAAUGGAUCUAAUGAAAAAGCAAACCAGUUCACCCAAGAAAUAUAAUCUGAUCCUGUGGCCUUCCUGCAUUAAAAGCUUCCAUUAAGUUCUGUGGCAUUCACCCAUUCCAGAUUCCCCCAGGCAAAAAGAAAUCAAACACACGCUUUGAGCAAAUGCUUUGUUUGUAAUAACGUGGCGGGAUCAAUCAUGACCGACCACAAUGAUGCAGAGGCUUUUUUGUUGGUUUUGUCUUGGUCAGAUAAAACCCUGUGUAAAUUUUCUUGAGUCAGUGCUGUUGCCUCACCGUGGCAAGUGGAGCUUGUCCUUCAACCAGGAUAUUUAGAGAGAUGCUAAGAGGAGUGAUGUCAAUGGUGCAUCUUCUUGAUACUGCCUUGUAAAAGUCAAAUGAAAAUUUUGGUUGCUUUGUUUAAAGAAAAACAUCUCAUUUUAGAGAUAUGUUUUAUUCAGUAAUAUGGGAGUUAAACCUUGAAGUCUGAUGUAAAGAUUCUCAAAGUAGAGCAAGUUUGGAUCUGGGAUUUGUUCUGUGGAACAGACAGGUGUGUGUUGAAAGUGAGAUUUUAGUUUAGAUCAUGGUGCUGAGAUCCAAGGUUUAGUUUCAGGCCUGUCUCUGCAGUUCUUGCUGCUUUCCUGAGGAAGCAUAUCUUACGAAAUUCCAUUUAAAUGUGGAUUUUGCCUAAUAUUUUUUGUUAAAUCCACUGAUCAGAUUAAUAAUCCUUGUUAGAGAAGUAAAAGCUUUGCUCCUAUGAAGUUACUACACCUUUUGUGGGCAUAAGCAGCUAGGCCCUGCUAGCAUCCCCAAGAAAGGGUGCGGUUCCAAAAUCUCUCCCGACGUGAAUUAAAGCAUGGUGUGAUGUCCUACCCCUACAACAGAUGUUGGGGAAUUCAGGCAUGAGACACAGAUAUAUAGCAAACCUGACUUCCUGAGCUCCACUGCUCAGAGGCCAAUAUGUUUGAGUCUGUCUUUCAGAUUCUUACACCUUUGGGGCAGGAACUCUCUUUGUUCUUACUGUGAAGACUCCUGGCACCUGACACAUCAUAUGAUAUUUUUAUUAAAAAUAAAUAGCAGGGAUUAGCUCCCCCCUGCCUUUCUAUGCCAUCUGCUGCUGAUACCCUUCUUAGUAAGGCAGAGCUUCCAGACAGUCUCAGCUUUAUUAGAGAAAGGGGUUACAGACCUGUUCCAGAUAAGUACUCAGAUUUUGACAGAAGUGUCCCCAGACAGAGAAGGCACUGUCUGAGCAGUCACCAGUUAUCAGAAUUCUGUCAUUUGCCAACCAUAAUCUACAACUAAAAUUGAAAUAUUUUGAUAUAUUACCAAACACAGAGAAAACAGUGUCUUAAAGGGAGCUGAAGAGCAGAAGGAGGCAUGGUUGCGCCUUAUUGGUUCAGCAUUGGUGAGUCAUUUCAUCUGAAUUUCUGUGCAUUUUAAGAGUUUUGUUUCAAAGGUCUAUUGUGUGGCUUCUGGCAACAAAUUAAAUACCAGUGAUGUUUGGCUCUUAAUUUAGAAUUAAUUUUAAAACAUCACUCAUAAUAUAAGCCCUGAGUGAAAGCCUAUGGUCACUGGAAGGAUUCCCAAGGAUUUCACUGGGCUCUGGAUGAGGGUCUCAACCCACAAAUAUCUGUUUAUUUUUCUUCAUUUUAUUUUUUCUUGGAUGGGAAGACAAGCACUGGUUUUUCAGAAUCAUUUUGCAGUUUUGGACUUUUAAUUUCUUCAAGCUAAAACUGAGUUGGGGACCAUGAAAUGUUGUAAAGAAAAUCGUCAGGCUAUGGUGGUAAGGUGGUGGUUUGGUUUUUUUUUUCUUUUCUGGCUUGGACUCACUGUACUAUAAGCCAUCAUAACACUGCAGAUCUGUGAGCUGCCAGGGGAUGGACUUAGUGAUUCAGUAGGCAAAUUCCCUGAUCCCUAAUUGAUCUGAUUUUUUGAGUGUCAGAUAUAAAUGGGAAUACAAAAAAUGCAGAGUUUGAGUUCUGUUUGCAAAACAAAACCUGUAUUUGGUUUUCUGAGGAGCUGGCACUGAACAGGCCCCCUUCCCCCUCAAGUUUGUGUGGAGGUUCAAGUUCAUAAAUCCAAGUUUUCAAACAAAUAUUUUCUUCUAGUCCCUGAGGUUCUCCUACUUGCAGUCUUUGGGAAGAUUAUAGCUUUGCUGUCUCUUGGGCAUAAUGAUUCACUCAUUCUGUCCCCAGAAGCAGUUGCCUCCAGCUGAGCCUUUCUCUUCUUACUUCUUGUUAAUGGCACUAGAAGAGGCUACUCUGUCUUCAGUCAAAAGAAGGAUUUUUUGGCAAGGGUAGAAAAGAGCCUCACAGUCUCCCUUAACAGUGUUAUACCUCUUGUCAGCAUCUUAGGAUAGGAGGGAGAAAAUCUUCCUUUUCUACUGUAACAGUUCCAUAUUAAGGCCCAGGACAAGUGUUUGCCCUGUGGCUUCAUGGAAUAGCUGAGAGAAGCAUAACUGACCUUAGCAUGGGGUUUAUGACAGACUGAAAUCUUUGGGCAUCAGUAACAGUUUGCCUCUUCCUAACACAAGAAGGGAAGAAGGAAAUAAAAAGAGAAACUGAGUGAGAAGAUGGAAGUGCUUAGGGACCUAUCUUACUUCCUGAGAAAGACAUUAGGAUACAACGAAAAUUAGCAUCACUCCAAGGUGACAACACAAGGGAUUAUGAAACUGUAGAUCUGAAGGGGACAGAGAACACCUGUGGCAGGAUAUGAGAGAUAUGAGGUAUCUGGUCUGCGAGUGCAGGAUUCAUGGAUUUUCCUACUCUGCAGAAAUUUAAUACACGUAACUGCAAGUCUGAGCUGAGUGGCAUGGAUGUGCAUGGAUGCGCUUCCUGGAGAAACAAUGCCCAUUUGGCAUUACCAAAAAGCUACAGGAGGUCUGUACUUUCUUCAUGAUGUCUUGGUUUUAUUUUUCAAAAAAGAGCUCAUAGCUUGGCUUCUUGCAUGUGCUGCUUCUCACUGAAUAAACCCUGUCCACAUACUAGAGUUUGAAUGUGUUUUUAUGUUGAAUUAUCUGCUGGUUACCUGGGUCCUUUCUCAGGCUUAAGUGAAACCAAGCUCUUGCUUAAUUUGACAUUCAGGUUUAGCGGACUGUGAAAGUCGGGUUCAUUAAGAUGGUUAUGAUCCACAUUAUGGUCAAUACGGUAUGACUAUGAGGGACAAAAUUAAACAAGACAAUUUCCUUAGGAAAGCACACGUGUUGAUAAAGCAGUUCAUGGAAAAUAUGACUGAUGUCUUCAUCACUGAUGCCUGUGUUGAUUGCCAUACUAUCCUGAAAAUAUUUUCACUUUUAACUUAAGCAUUUUCUUAUUGAGGGCUUAAUCCUUGAUCUGUCAUUAAGGCCAAUGAAAAUAAAUUGCUCCAUCAGUGGGCGGCCGAUUAGCUCUCCACUGGAAGUAUGCUGUCUCUUCAGCAUCCAGUUGACUUUUAGCAUUAGUCAAUUAGAUUGAGUUGGAAGUGACAGUUCCUACUUUGACCUGUCAGCUCAGACUUCAAUUUUCAUGUAACUUGUAGGAACUUUAUUUCUUUGAGCCCUGUACCCCUCAGGUGUGAAAGUGGCCCUUGAGCUUAGAAGCUGUUGACUUGAGUAAGGGAGUGGCAGAUGGACAGAGAUCAUGAUCUUAUAAGCUUCAGCUCCUUUAGAAAUGGUCAAGUGAAAACUCUCAAUGACUGAUUAUAAGAAAAGCAACAGCUUUAGGUGCUCUGAAACCAAACUAGACAUUUGGAAAUGCAAAGUUCUUCUAUGGUCACUAGCUUAUCAGUGAAACUAGAUUACAACUAGUUUUUCCAAGUGAACAUCUAUCACCACAUCAAAAAGGUUUAGGUAAUAUAAAAAAUACAGUGAUUAUAGAAAAAAUAUUUCCCUUGCAUGGUAAACCAGCUUUUCAUGCCAUCUCCCACAGUACAAGCAAAAGGAUGAAGUUACUGGGAUAGCAGUCACUUGUAAAGAGUAUGAGUGUUGAGAGGAAUAGUGGAAAAAGGCACACUGAAAAAUAAAAAGCAAUGGAGGGGAAUUAAGUCAAAUUAGUGACUAUGCAAAACAGCAUGUAUUAAGCAAGUAUGGAUUUUUAUGUGUAUCUGCUGAGUGGAGCUGUUCUACUCACUGUUCAGAAAUGAGCAUAAUAAACAAUGCUUCUGCCUAAGGGUAUUUCUUACUGCUAAAAGACUGUAAGAGCAAGUCUGGUUAGAAUGACUCAAACAGUACGCUUACAAGGCACUUAGAUGAAAAGGAAUAAAACGAUGGGGGAAGAAAUGUAGUGUUUUGAAUUUUAGAAACAGUGUCUUUCCUGGAUAACAUUUUGCCCUCUGUCAUGAAUACUAAUUCUAGAAAAGACCUUCCACAGAAAGAACUUGCAGAAAACCAAGGUAAGAGGUUAAAGAGAAUUAUGAGAGGCAGAUACUUGCUUCUGUGAAUGGAGCCGAAUAGGCACUGUCAUAUCCACACACAUAGCCUGGCUCUGAAAGCAGUGAUUAUGCAGUAACCCUGAACAGCAUGGUCUGUGUCACAGCUGCCUCUGAAGACCAGUGGAGGGUAUGGCAGAGGGGAUGGGGGAAGAAACUUAGGGGUUAAUUUCUCUUCAAUGCUGUCUUCACAAACCAUUGGACAAAAUAUUGCCGGAGAAGGACUGCAGCUGGAUCCCAAAUACCAAUAAAUAUCAGACUGAUGCUUCUAAUGGUGUUUGUAAUAGAGUUGAUCAACAAUUCAGUUAUCACCGCAUGAGAUCUCUUCCUUCAAACUUGCCAGUCUUUCUUGUGUAUUUUUAAUGACUGUUGGCACAAUUCUUCAUAAAACUGCAGGAGCUGAUGCAGAGUUACCGAAUGGAUUACCCUUCUGGGACUCCCACAACAAUAUGUGUGCUAUUUCAAUCUAUUUUGAUCUAAAAUUGAUUUGUGUGUCUUUAAAACAGGAGAGCAAAUUGCUGUGCUAAUUAAGCUAGAUUGAACAAUGCACAGGAACUAUUACUAAUUCUGCAUAUGAAGGCCCGAUUCUGAGAAUCCUUGUAGGCUGUGUGCUACUCAGCUUCAGGCUCUAAAAAUACUACAUUGCAAAGCUGCUUUCUUGCCAAAAAGACAUUACAUCCAUCAGCGCUGAGAUUACCUUUAAUAUGUGCUAGGCAUUAGACUCACAGCCUGAAAUGCAGUUCUCCUUGAUGCUUCCAUAUGGUAAGGUUCAUGCCAGUGCAGUGAGGCUGGACAGAACAAACACGUUUCUUUUUUACUCUAGUGCUGACAAUGGAAAAAGGGCCUUAAGGCCUUGUGUUAGCAUCCUCCACCACAAGGAAUGAAUCCAGCAAAUCUGAGUACCCUGGACUGUCUUGUGCCAUAUGCAGGACGUGUAACACAUCUCUUGGCUGACUGCUUCCAGGCUUCUUAGUAGCCAUAUAUUUUAAACCAAAAUUUUCUAAGUUCCCAGUUUUUCAGUGUUUUUAAGAAAAAAAAAAAAUCUUCCUGGAUUUUCAUACCUUCAGGUUCAUUACUACCAUUAUUGUUGCUAUUCAAAGCAGUAAUGCCAGGAGCAAAUACUGAGUAUAAAAACUAUAACCUUUUAAGAGCUGCAUUUCAUACAAAGAGGUAUCUAUUUACAACCUUUACUCUCUUAGGCCAGUUAUUUUUGUCUGUCAUUGUUAUUACAGUUCAUCAGUCCUCCUUUGCAAAAAGAAGUGAUCGGUAAGGCUUAAAGCUUUGUUCAGCUGCUCAGCCUCAGUGUUUUGUGUGUUUUUCUGGUGCUGUGUUUUUUUAGUUGAAGUUCUUUGUCAACACAGUGGAUGCUGUGACUAAUUUGGCUAAUUCUGGAAGAAAGGAUUACGCUUGGAUUCUGCAUUGGUGUUUUAAGUCUCAGUGAAAAGUUACAAUGAGUGAGUAGUCUGGGUUAUGCAGACAGUUGGGUGGGAUGAUACCUUCUGGCCUUCAAAUCAAUGGGAUCUGUUUAUUGCCGUAUGAUUCAGGCUUAACUUCUGAGCCAGCCUGGAACAUCUUGUACAUGAUUUUGUAUGCAGAGCACCCCAUACAUUGCUUAUGAAUGUGUGUCUUGGAUAAAUGGGAAAGCUCCUAGUGGGGCUUUCACACAGAGGCGUAGAGAUUUUAUUGGGACACUGCAGUAUUGCCAAGUUUUUUGAAUUUAAACAAUUCUCACAGUAGUUGACAUUUUUUUGUAAAGUUUCCUAUUGUUUUAAAGAAGAGUGACAUUAUUUUUAAAUAAAGAAAGAGGAAAUCUAUAGUCCUCCUCAUUGCACAAUAACACUCGAAAAAAUGAGUGCUGUAGCUAAACACCACCUCUGCCCCCAUCACCCAACAACUCAGAAAACAGAGAAAAAACCCAACAUUCAGUUUAAAACAUUAAGUCAUCUAAGGAUUUUUAAAGGGUCUGCUUAAGAUUCUCUUUUCUCAGGGUAAGAAACCCCACAACUCACAAGAAUUAUGGUUUCCCAGUCCAGUCCAGACACACACAGAGCUGUGACCUCCCUCCAGCCACGCUGGGGCGAGCCGUGGUUGCGCUCCAGCCCUUCCUGUGCCCUGCUUUCCAGGUGAAGGGAAUCUCCUCGUGUGCUGGCUGGAGAGGAGCUAGUGAGUGCUUCCCUAGCAUGCAGGGGACCAGGACUUUGAGGUGUGUUGUAGUCCAGGCACAGCCUCUAGCUCCCAUGUUAGAUAUUUUUUAAAAAAUAAUUUUCUCAUAAUUCACAACUAACAGAUAUUGAUUAAUUAAAAAAAUACAAAAUGAGAGAUUUUGAAAGACAAAUAGUGCCCUGAAGUGCCUGUAGCCCAGGCAAUGUGCUGGGCCACUGCCUGAAAGUGACACAAUCCCCCUGUCUGAUUUGGACAGUGACACAACCCUGCUGUCUGUUUUGGAUGACCUGAUUUAAUUGCUCCAGUUGAGAGAAAUGCAGAAAAGGAAGCAUGCCUCAGAAAGAGUGACAGACACAUUCAACUGUUACAAUGCCCUCUCUCCUGAUAAUCAUGGCUGUUAUUAAUUGUAGAGAUAAGAACAUAUUUUUCCGCUAACCUUACAUUGUCAUUUGGAUAAAUUUUCUGCCUUGAGGGAAGUGCGUUUCUGUACAGAAUUUGGUAAACAAUAUAGGGAUACUCAUGGUCUCAAGAAGAUGAAGCUUUCUAGCAGGGGGACUACAAGGCCAUGCUGCCCAGGAAAGGAGGAAAGACAAGUGGAAACUGCUCCCUCCUGCACAAGCACCUCUCCAGGACCAAGGUUACCUAACCAAACUUCUGCAGAAUCAUACUGCCUAUGCCUGCGAUGGGGAACAUUUGAGUCUGCACUGUCCUCGGCAUUCAACAAUAAGUGUUCAGUCAGCAUUUUACGGGCAAGACUACCACAUGUGUAGAACUAAGGAGCCUGAAACCAGGAUGACAGCACCCAUAAACUGUGUGGCACCCACCUCUUUGCAGAAAGUGCUGGAUGAAUGCCAAAACCUGAGAUCCUGCCAGCUCCUUGUCAAUAGUCGGGUUUUUGGACCUGAUCUGUGUCCAGGGACCACUAAAUUCCUCCUUGUCUCCUUUAAAUGCAAACCUACUGAAUACAAAACCAAAUCAGCAUGUGAAAACCAGGAGCUCAAACUCCACUGUCAGGAGUCCAAGUUCCUUAUCAUCUAUUCUGCCACCUAUGGCAGAUGGGCACACGAGGAGAACGUCUGCUCGACAGAAGUGGAGCACGUUCCCCCCUUCGACUGUUUGUCUUACACGGCACUAGAAGUUUUAUCAAAAAGGUGUUCCGGGAAACAAAGAUGCAAAAUCAUUGUCACUAGCCGGGAAUUUGGAAGUCCGUGCCUGCCUGGAGUGACAAAAUACCUUAACGUCAGCUAUGCGUGUGUUCCUAAAUUUAUCCUCACGGCUGUCAACCCCCUGGCCACUGAUAACAAGUCUUCCGUCAAGCAGAACGAUGGUAUUGACCUUGAUCCAAAGGAAUCAAGACUUCCAAAGAAAGAUGGAACUUUUGUUAGCAACUCCUUGGCUACAUUUGCAUACAUUAGAGAUCACCCUGAAAGAACUGCCCUCCUGUUUGUAUCCAGCGUUUGUGUGGGAUUAUUAUUCACGCUGUGUGCUUUGGUGAUUCGCGUGUCAUGCUCAAAUGACUUCCAGAAAUUGCACAGAAAGAAGGAUCAGUUAGUGCCAGAAAGUGACAGAGCAUAUGAGACCAGUGAAAAUGAGGAGGAGGAGGAAGAUUCCUCCGAUUCGGACGUCCAGGAUGAGAUAGCGGGACUUUACAGACCGUCUUACUCAGGUUAUAAUUCAACAGAGGCGGCAGAACUGGCCGAAAGGAUAGAGCGCAGGGAGCAGAUCAUGCAAGAAAUUUGGAUGAACAGUGGUUUGGAUAUGACACCUCCAAGAAACAUGAAUACGUUUUAUAUCAAUGAACAAUAAAUGGCUUAUUUUGGAUGAUGCCCUAGCCCUUUUUUUAAAAAAAAAAAUGUACCUUCUGUGAAGGAACAUUUGUAUCAGUGCAUAUAAGUAUUUGUAAAGUAAGAAGAAAGAUAUGCAAUAAAAGGAAAGUUUCAAACCCUUGACUGCCUAUACAUUGUUCUGUGAAAAA